AUGAGCUCCCCACAAAACCCUUCUCCAACCAGGUGGUUCAAAGCCCUUCGGAGGCCAAGAACAGGGGAUGUGUGUCUGAAGAGCGGAGCAACAGCAUGCUCAGAAGUCCUGAAGAGAGCCAGAGCUGCCUUCCAGGCUGGCCGGACAGUCCAUGACAGCUUCAGACUGUCCCAGUUGGAGGCUUUAGUCCGUAUGCUCAUGGAACAUGAGUGUGACUUUGUGGACACUCUCUGCAGGGAUGUGCAGAAGCCUCGCUUUGAAACAGUGAUGUCAGAGUUGAUGAUAGUGAAAAAUGAGGCUCUGCAUGCCAUCAGCAACUUGAAGAAAUGGAUGGAGCCCCAACGCAUAGAGCGCAACUGGGCUACAGCGUUUGAUGAAUGCUUGGUGGUUAAUGAGCCGCUGGGUGUGGUGUUGAUCAUUGGAAACUGGACCAGCCCUCUUCAACUGAGCCUCGUACCUCUAGUAGGUGCCAUUGCGGCUGGUAACUGUGUGAUUAUCAACCCAUCAGAAAUCUGUACUCAUACAGCUGAGCUUCUGCACAGACUUAUACCAGCUUACCUAGACAAUGAGUGCUUCCACUCUGUUGUAGGAGCAACACAUGAAAUUCCAGAAAUGGUGGACCUCAAAUUUGACCAUAUUUUCUUCUCUGGCAGUAAAGAGGAUGGGAUUAAGGUAGCUCAGGCUGCAGCUCGCACUCUGGCACGUGUGACUCUAGUACUGAGUGGUAAGAACCCUUGCUACGUGGACAAGCAGUGUGACAUCAACACCACAGCUCGUCGCAUCACAUGGGCACGAUUCCAUAAUGCUGGCCAAAGUGCCGUAGCACCAGACUACAUCCUGUGCCAUGCAGAAGCCAUAGAAAACCUCCUGCAGGCCCUCCGCUGUGCUCUCCAGCAGUUCUAUGGCGCUGACCCGCGGGAGUCCAGGAGCUUUGGCAGGAUUGUAAAUGAGGACAGCUUCAACAAGGCCAAAGACCAGCUGUGGCGAUCGGGAAAGGUGAUGAUGGGAGGUCAGGUGAAUGAGAUGGAAAGAUAUAUUGCACCAACUGUCCUGUUGGAGGUGUUGGAGUCUGAUCCAAUCAUGCAGCAGGAUGUUUUUGGCCCAAUCCUUCCCAUACUGACGGUCCAGGAUGCAGAUGAGGCUAUAGCCUUCAUCAACUCCAGAGAGAAACCACUAUGUGUGUAUGCUUACUCUAGCAACAACAAGUUGAUUUCUAAGAUAAUGAAUGAAACAUCCAGCGGAAGUUUUUGCUCGAAUGAUAGCGUCUUGCAGAGUCUUAUGGUGGGGAUGCCAUUUGGAGGAGUUGGUGCCAGUGGAAUGGGCUCCUAUCACGGUCACUACAGUUUUGAUGCAUUCUCUCAUAAGAAGUCCUGCCUACUGCGUACCACCCGGAUUGAGUGCAUGACAUACUUGCGCUACCCACCUUAUGAGGACCGCAACCUAUCCCUGGUCACCCUGGCCAGCUCUCUGAAUCUGAAAAGCCAGGGCUGGUGCACUAUACUGUAAAAGUGGUCCAGAGGCACAGCUUAAGUGAGAACACACGUGAAAUGAACACGGCUCAUAGCAUUUCACUGCUUAACAUUACCUCACUCUGGGAUAGUCUCUAAUAGAAAAUUACACUUCACACUUUUUAAACUUAACAUAAUGUAUUUAUAUAUUAUAAAAUCAAAUUCCUUUACAGAUGUUAAUAAUAAAAAUUAUUACACGACAAAUGUUAUCAAAUUUAAUACAUAUUCAGAACAAUAUUAUUUUGUACCCUGAAGACAAGGCCCCUAUUUUAAACUUUACAUAAAGUUGUGUUUUAAUUGUGUAAUGUUACCAACGCUGUACCAAGUUUCAGUAAACUUUUAGCAACUCCAUCAGUGUAU